AUGCCCAUCCAGCCAGCACAUUCUGAAAGCCCCUUGGUGCCCACCACAUGCAAACAAAAGUGCAACAUUUCUCGCAUGCCCAUUGUUUUGUCAAAGAAGGCAAAGAGGGCAGCUCCGUCCCGACGCUCCCCAUCUCUACCCCCUGUUCCGGGGCCCUCAAGGCCAUUUUGCCUCCCACACACCUGCCCUGGCCCCAAGGCUUCUGGUGGUCAGCGCCCGGACCCCGUAGCACCUCCAACCAGCAAGGGAAAGGGAAAGAUGGUAGUAGAGAUUACCAGGGGUGUAGAGGAUCUGCAGAGGAAGAGCAUGGAGGAGGGGUGCAAGCGGUGCAGGCUGGACCAGUCUGCCUGCACCAUAAGCAGGAGUAAGCAGACAAAGAAGUGGAGGACAUCCUGUAACAAGUGCAGCCGAGGAAGUACAAGUGCAUCUGGGACAAUGAUGCAAGCCAGGUCCUGGAAGCCAGAAGUGUCAAGGGCUCUGGUUGCCGCUCCCAACCAUCCCAUCAAGAUUGGGCUGCCCCGGGGAGCACCCAAGCUGGUCUACCAGCCCCAUGGAACGACCGGGACCCAAUUCACAAUCAGGGUCCCCCCUCCUUCACGAGCAGUAGUUGUGGCUCCUGCUCACCACACUUCCCUACCUGCUUCACGCCCUUCACACCCUCUUCCCCCUCUACAAGCGCCAGCCCCAUCACAGGAGUCAAGGAGGCCUCCCCAGGGAGAUGGAUGCUAA